GGCUCCGGCGCUGCCGCCAUGGCUUCCUACUUCGAGGAGCACGACUGCGAGCCGGGCGCCGGGCCCCGCCAGGAGGAGCCGCAUCGCCAGGCGCUGCUGGAACUGGCCAGGUCCCUCUUCAAUGGCCUGGAGAUUGAUGUGGGCUUCUUGGAGAGUGAAGACUGGGACCACCGGCUCCCCCCGCCAGCUGCCAAGCAAGCUGUAGAGAGCCUUCCUUCAGUGUCAGUUACCCCGCAGCAAGCAGACAAAGGGCUGAAGUGUCCGGUGUGCCUGCUGGAGUUUGAGGAGGAAGAGGUGGUCAGGAAGAUGCCCUGCGAGCACAUCUUCCACAAAGGCUGUAUUCUUCCCUGGCUUGGAAAGACCAACUCCUGCCCUCUCUGCCGUCAUGAGCUGCCCACUGACGACGAACAAUAUGAAGAGUACAAGAAGGACAAGGUGCGGCGGCAACAGCAGGCGCAUCGGCUGGAGUAUCUGCAUGGUGCCAUGUACACAUGAGGAAGGCAUGCCCUCUGCCUCUCCUUCCAGCUCAAGGCUGACAACCACAAUCUCUCCCACAUUGCCAGGAAGCAGGGCGCCCCCAGGGCCAAGAAAGGCAGCAGCCCUCCUUCCUUCCCCACUUCCAAAAGUUUGUUGCACAUCCAUAAUAAAUGUUGGGCUUCAUUAAGUAA